CCCCUCCCCCUCCAUGCCAAUGUUCAGCUGCCUGUUCUCUACCACUCAUUGGCUCUGUGAUUCUGUCUCAAACCUGCUCCUCCUGCUGCAGGGUAACUACAAGCUGCAGCACAUUUUCUUUGAGUCCUGCAUAUCCUCCAUACUAACCGACCUAAAACAUCCUGCAGCGGUUCAUAUACAUACCUUGCCUGCUUUUAUCUACCGACUUCAGCACGGUGACCAACAGGAUGCUUUAAAAAAAAAAAAACCGGGUGAACCACUCAGACUGCAUCUCUGGACUGCGCGACCGUUAGUCGUUUAACGACCAAACCCCCUCUCCCCGGUCGCAACGUCAGCCGUUGGAGUUUUUUUGUGCGUGCGCGAAAGGAGGAGGAGUCUGUUCGCGAGUCAGAGGGGGCGCGGAGCAGUCGGUUGAAUCCGCGAACACAACAGUUGUUGUUGUGGCACAGCUCACUAGUUUCCCCGGUUCAUCUUGAGAACGUGGACUUGAUGCAGCACUCAUAACGCAUCCCGAGAGCAUCGGCGCUUCACACAGGGGGUCCGUAAGAGUUGGUUUGGACACCAGAGGGUGAGGAGGGGACCGUACGGAACGAAGCUUAAAAUCGCGGGAACGUCGGCGGACAGCGUAGAGAAAUUCGGUGAGUCGAGGUUGUCGACAAGUCCUGUAUUAAGUCCAUUGUCAGGAACCCUUUGGCUUGAAGGCAAAGAUGGAAGUUAUUGUGACAGAAGAGAAGAAGAAGAUUUUCCGCGCCAGGAAAACCAUGAAGAUCAGUGAUAGACAUCAGCUGGAGAACCUGCACAGCACUUUGCUCACUGUGGGUACAAGUUUGUCCAACCCAUCUCCACCACCUCUGAUGAAUGGAACACAUAAAGAGGACGGACAAAAAGUGGGCGACAAAGAGCAAAACAACAUCCUGGACUUGAACACUCCCCAGACUACACCACCCGUCUCUCCGACCGCUCUGAGCUCUCCCACACCGUCCCUGUCCCUAAAUUUGUCUCCUUCCCCUCCCUCUUCAAGUCCAAAAGGACUCGAAGAAAUGACUGCUCCGAGAUCACCAGUGGAUCCUCUAAAUUUUGAACUGAAAAAGGUAGAAGAAGAUGAGAAGAAAGAUGGCACACCAUCAUCAUCAAGUGAACCUGUCACAGCUAGAACAGACUGCAAGGGACAACAGGAAAAAGACACUGAGGUGAUCCCAGCUGAGGAAAAGAAGAAGGAGGACCACACUGUAGAAGAGGACCCAGCUGUAGAUUUGGCAGUGGACCCACUGAAAGGUUUGGAUACACCUGUGCCACCUGCAGUAUCUGACUUCACAGAACCAAUGGAAACAGAUAGUGACACUACAAAGGAAAUGGACACUGAGGCUUCCACAGCCAAAGUACCAGAUGAAAAGCCUUCUUCUCCUAAAUGUACCACUUCCGAUUCUUCCUCAUCUUCUUGCUCUAUACCCAAUCCAGCUUCUUCUUGUGCGGACCAAAAACAAUCAGUGGAAAUCAAAGAUGACAUAAAAGAAGAAGAGACUGACAAAGCGGAUGUGAAGAAAGGCUUGACGUGUGAGGAAAAGAUGGAGGUGGGCUCUGUAAAAGUGGAGCCCAAAAAGGAAAAAACUAAUGUGGGACAAGCCUCAAAGCCAUCUCGACCAUCGUCCACUCCACCAUCUGAUACAGCAGUGAAAGAGGAGAGGAGCUCAACCUCGGGACUGAAACGCACUUUAUCGGAGGGCUCUGAAAAAGAUGGGCAAACUGUAAAAAUAGAGGGUAAGAGGCCCAAGAUGGACCGUGAGGAGUUGGAGGCCCAACUGGAACUUAAAAUUACUACAAAAGCUGGCAGUCAUCAUAAACUCGGGAAGAUUGUGCAGCAGUUAGUGGAGGAGCGAUUGAAGGUGUUGGAGCUCACCAUUUUCGACAAACAUUUCCAAGAGCUGAAGGACAGAGUAGACAAAAUUGACUGCGCCACUAAACACCAAGCUGCCAUUAACACACUCCAAGCCAAGAUUGCCCGACUAUCAAAAAAGUUUGGAGAGGCUAAUCAGGUAUCGGAGAAUAAAAGGAAACAGGAGGCACUUGCUGCUGUUGCUGCUGCUACUGCUGCCAAAACGGCAGCGGUUACGAAUAACCCUCAAGCUCAGCGGCCAGGCUGGACUUCCAUGGAGGUAAAGCAGACAUCCACAACUGUUUCUUCAUCCAGCACAGCAGUAGUUCCAGUUCCUACCGCAACCCCUGCCGCAGCUUCAGCCCCUGCUGCAGCUUCAGCUCCAACUCCCACCUCCACUUCAACUGCCAUGGUUCAGCAGACCCCUAUCCUCCAGCUGAUCACUUCCAACUCUAAUCCCACCUCCACCUUGGCCACUGGCAGUACCACCCAGAGUCAAACGGGCACCCUCCUCUUGAAGACUGCCUCUGGGAGUAGCAUGAUGGCUACAGGCCAGCCGCUUCUCAUCCAGUUGCCUUUAUCAGUGAACGGCCAGGCAGGGACACUGGUCAACAUCCCCGUCUCGUCUUUGUCUGCAGCCAGCUCACUGAACAAGUCCAAAACCACUGCUUCUACCGCCACGUUUAUACUCAAGCCUGCACCUGUCACGACCACAGCCACAGCCUCGGCACCAGCCGUGGCCACUGUCCCAGCCCUCCAUGGCUCCAGUGCCCAGAUGUCCUCUGGCCAGAUCUCUCUUGCUCGUGCUGUGUAUCAAGGCGGUGCAAGUGGAAUAACUACACCCCAUGCUGGGGUAUCUGUGACCACGGCCAGGACACCAGCUCAGUCUGUCUCUGUAGUCGGGGCCAUGUCUUCAGUCUCUUCACCUACAACAUCUGGGCCAGCAGCAACCGGAUCCACUGCUCCAGGACCUCCACAGGGGAUGUCUUUGACAUCAAAGACAGACAACCAAGUUACAGUAACCGCUGCAUCUAAAGCAGCUGCACCAGCGGCACGACCCAAAGGCUCCGUAAUUGACCUCACCGAGGACGAUGAUGAUGUCCAAGUGACUGGAGUGAAGAAUGCUACUGUUACAACUCCCUCACCGAGCCCACGCACUAACCCAGUCAUCAGCAUCCACAACAAUACAGGAGCAAGAGCAUCCCCUCUAAGCAAUCAGAACAGUUCUGGCAAUCCUCAGUUGACAGUACAUCACCGCCCCCCAGUGGUGGAUACUCCAUUAAAAUCCCGCAGUGUAACCACUACUACUACACCAACUCGAGGCUCCAGCAUGGCGCUUCCACCGCUCCCUCCUGCACCCGCACCAUCACGCUUACCCCCAGAGGCUGAACGGACCUCACCUCCUCAACAACCUCAGCUAAAGCUGGUGCAGAGUCAGACUGGUAUAGUGCUCUCCUGGUGUGUUGGAGAAGUUGAUCGGACCUGCGCAGCUGUAGAAAGCUAUCACCUUUAUGCCUUUCAUCAAGAUAACUCUAACAGCAAUGCAUCUCAGCAGCACUGGAAGAAAAUUGGGGAGGUGAAGGCCCUUCCACUGCCUAUGGCCUGUACGCUGACCCAGUUCCAGUCUGGCUCCACGUAUCACUUUGCUGUUCGAGCCAAAGAUGUAUAUGGGCGCUUUGGCUCUUUCUGCGAACCUCAGUGCACAAAUGUCAUCAGUUCCAGCUCUAGUUGAACCGUUACAGAAAAGACAUAGCGUUUUGCCUUUGAUAGUUUAUGACUUUUCACCUGUUUUGUGUUAGGAACUGAAAUAUUGUACGCUGGACAAAAACAAACACCUGUAAAUGUCUUCCCACAUAACAACUGGGCAACAAACUGACUUGGAGAGUUCAAGUGGCAAACGGUUGGUUUUGUCUGACUCAUCAUAUGUAAUGUGUUUUUUGUGACUUAAGCUGUUGUGUAUAUAAGUUGAAAAAGUUUGCCCCUCCUGCCAGAUCAGGUAUUUGUGUUGUUCGCUCCUGAUCUUCAGACCCAGAUCUUUUUUUUUUUCUUUUUUUUUUCUUCCUCUUUUACUUGACAGGAUUUUUUUUUUUCCAUGUAAACUAAAUUGCACAGAAAUGUAUAAAUGUGUGGUAGAAACAGAAUGAUAACUUUUGUAAGUUUUGUCUGGCAACCAGACUUUCACAAGCAUAAUAAAGAGGUUUUAUUAAAGUCAGCGACAGGUUAAAUAUUCUGUAUUUAAUGCCAUAGCACUCCUCUGCAGUUAGACUUUAGUCACCUAGGCCUAGAGAGCCUGGAUGACUCCUUUGUAGUUCCCAUAGGAUUGGCAAGUUGUUCAUAGAGGUUUGUGGGUGAUGCUAUGUGAAAUCUGUUUCAAAGAGUGCUGCAUCCACAACGUUCUUGUGAUUGCCCAAUUGGUGCAGACAAAUCGUCACCGACACAGUGGCGACUGCCAGCAACCACUCACCAGCUGGUUGUGGGAUACAUACUUUUCCUAAACAACCUGGGGUUGCCAGUGGAUCACUGACUGAUCCCUAGGCCUAUGUGAAUGAGGCUUCAGCAAUCGAUGUCAAAGCAUAUAUAUAUAUAUAUAUAUAUAUAUAUAUAUAUAUAUAUAUAUAUAAAAAUUUUUUUUUUUUUUUAAACCUCAUUACCAGUGGUUGCCGGAUGAUUACAGAGUGGACAUUAAGCCUGUGUGGCUCGGACCAUACAGAAACCACAAAGCAGAAAACCAAUGCCUAACAAAGACAUGGACUUUGGUAACAGGAUACAGAAAAUAUAGUCAUGUGGGGACCAAAAUCAAAAAGGUUAUGUUAUUGUCUCUGAAUGUGCACAAUAAACCUUGUCAGAUGGCA